GGUCGCUGGGCGCUGUGUGAGUGUGUGAGUGUGUGAGUGAGUGAGUGUAACUGAGUGUGAGCGGCCCCGCGGCUAAAGCGGAGAAACUCUCAGCUAUAAAACAGAUUAUCAGCCGUGUGUGUGUGAGACGCUCGUCUCUGCCCGUUGUGAACUCUCCCUGAUGGGCGGCUGGUCUCGCACUGCCGUGCUGGAGCUGUACAGAGCGCUGCUCCGAGCAGGGCGCCACCUUCAGUACACCGACCGCAACUACUACCGACGCGCUGUGACCCGGGAGUUCAGGCGCUGCCAGGCCCUUAGCGCGCCGGGAGAGAAGGAGGACGCCCUGAAGAGAGGCCAGUUCUUCCUCACCAGCCGCCUGGGGGGGCUGGUCUAGUGUUCACCACCUGAAGUUAAACACCAUCACUGCCAUACAGCCGGCCUGAACAGCAGCAGGUAAGGACAGAAUGGCAGGAGUAAAUGGAGAUAGAAAAGGAAAAAAAGAUGACAACGGUAUCGGCACUGCCAUCGACUUUGUGCUGUCCAAUGCCAAGCUGGUGCUGGGAGUGGGAGGAGCUGCCAUGCUGGGCAUCGCCACACUGGCAGUUAAAAGGAUGUACGAUCGUGCCCUCAGUGCUCCUUCCAGCCCAACUAAAGCAAACCAGUCUGGCAAAAGGAGCUGGGAGGAGCCAAGCUGGCUGGGGUCAUCUCCACGCACUCUGAGCCGCGACAUGAAACAGAACGUCAGUCGCUCCCUCCAAACCCUUCCCACCUCCUCUAAUUCCUUCAAGCCAGAUUAUCUGCGCCGGGCUGUGGGUCGUGAUGGCAGCACUAGUAAAGCUGACCUGCAGAGGGCGCGCCUGCGCCUGUCUCUACAGGAGCACCUCUGGGCCUUUUUUCACGAGCGGGUGACCAUCCCCGCCGAGGAGCAGGCAGUGGCCAAACGCGCCGCCCUGGACAUCUGCGCCGAGCUACGGGUUUUCCUUCAUGCCAAACUGCCUGACAUGCCCCUGAGGGAGAUGUACCUCAGCGGCAGCUUGUAUGAUGACCUACAGGUGGUAACAGCAGAUCAUGCUCAGCUCAUGGUUCCUAUGAUCCUGGAGAAGAACCUGUGGUCGCCUAUCCCCGGUGAAGACACGAUCAUGAACCUUCCUGGUUUCUGGCUCGUCCGCCGAGAAAACCUGGAGUAUUUCCCCCGGGGCAGCAGCUACUGGGAUCGCUGUAUGGUGGGUGGGUACCUUUCUCCCAGAAGUGUUCUGGAGGUGUUUGAGAAGCUGGUUGCAGGUUCCAUUAAUUGGCCUGCGAUUGGAAGCGUUUUAGAUUACGUUAUUCGACCUGUGGUACCUUCGGAAACUCUUACGCUGGAGGUGCAGUACGAGACGGACCGGCGGCUAUAUGUGGACUUUCUUCCAUUGCUGGUUAUGGAGGACGGAGUUUCGCUGAUAGCCAAACCGCACCGGUUGGCUGCUGAGAGAUACGAGAACCUGUGGCGUCAGAGUUUUCGGGUGACGGAAACGUCCAAGCUUCGCGCUCUGGAUCAGGAGGAUGGCGGUUGCCGCUGUGUGUGUCUGAGAGUAGUUAAAGCUGUCUGCAAGCUAAACCCUGCGCUGGCACGGCUGAACGCCAGUCAGCUCACUAAUGCCAUCCUUCUCCUCAGUGAACGAGAGGGCGACUGGACUCAGGAGGCGCUGGCCGAUCGCUUCACACAGCUGCUGCGUACACUAGUGGGACACCUGGAGGCUGGAAGGCUGCCGUCUGCCCUUAACCAAAAAGUGAACCUGUUCUGUGAGCUCACCCCACAGGAAGUAGAUGAACUCGGAUACACACUUUACUGUGCUCUUUCAGACCCAGAGAGCCUUUUGAGAACUGCCUAGCACACACACACGCACGCACACACACAUUUACACACGCAUACAUGCUACUUUAGCUUUUCUUUGCUAAAGUACGAUGCUGCUUGCCUCCUCAGUGUUGAACAUUAGUGUUUGUCAUGUUUGUGUAUACUUUAUAAUUUUUCACAAAACACAAAUAAACAUAGCCCAAAAAAGUAAUGAAAUGUGUUUGGUAGAUUAUUUCUUUCUUGUAACCAUAUAUUUUGGCAAUUAAUCUUCUACUGUUGGAAAGCCUGUACAUUUUUCUUUUAAAUUGAACCAGAUUUGAAAGGAAGAUGCAUUUGUGGGAUGUGCAUCAGAGCUGAGUAUGGGGGUUGCACCCAUUAAAAAAACUUGCCAAAUCCUACUAGCUAAUGCCAAACAGUUUAUUCUACCAUUGACUCGUUUGGUGUUUGAAGAUCUUCUUUGGGUUUCGUUUUAAUGGAAAGCCCACUUCUUGGCCUGUCUCUGACAUCCACCAUUAUGUGUAACUUGUCCUUCAAUUUGGGGAUGGUACCAGGGCUCACUCCAAAUAAUGCUUCAAAUAAUAACUUGAUUUUGUGGAACCCCAGUUUGAAGUUCCCCUAUCGCACAUGCUCUAUUCAGAUCAGUCAAACAUGGCAUGAUGCCGAUUCUUGGUGCAAAAACACCUACUGACCACUGUAACCAGGGACCAUGUUCACAGGUGCAUCACCUGGGGGAACCAAAAGCUAAAAACAAGUGUCUGUAGCAACAGCAGAAUAAGCUGUUCAGUAUUGGCAGAAAAGAUUUGGCUUUUUUUUUUCAUAGGUGCAACCCACAUAUUCAGUUCUGCUGCUCAUCCCACAAAUUCAUGUUCCAUACAAUUGUGUCUCCAUUUAAAAGGGAAAUUAACAGGCUUUCCAACAAUGUGAGAUUUAAUGUAAAGAAGCAUUGUUACAACAAAGAAAUCCUCUACCAAACUUACUUGUUGUGCUAUGUUUGGUUUCAAAUUUCCAGUUUGAGUCUGGAAAACCUGACUGCAGCACAGUUAUAACCUGUGAUAACCUGUACAGGUUAGGUUAGGUCUGUUAGAAGGGCCCAUACAAGAACAAAUCAAUACGUUUUUAUCUUAUUUAAAAGUAGGAGUUUGUUCUGGUACGAAACACUGUUAAAGCUUAAUUAUCCCCCAGUGAGAAUGUGUAGACCCAACCCCCUUUCACCACUUGGCCCUAUCAUGGGAGAUGGUGCAGAAAUUAUUUAUUAUUGUCCAUUAGUUAAUUUCUCUGUGAAGGAGAGCUAAAUUAGCCUUGAUCCUUUCCAGCUUGAAUGCUGCAGCCCCUGCCGUCUGUUGCACCAUUUAAGGUGGAACGAGAAAGUUAGCUAGCUACUGAGACAAACUACUAGCAAUCUUUUUUAUGCUUGGUAUGAAGAAUUUGGCCAUAAAACAUUGAAACUACACAUUAAACCAUGGUAUUAUAGUGCUAAAUGUCACUUUUAACUAGGAAAAUAUUUACAUUUGUGGGUUUCUUACCAGUGAUUUUCAUACCCCUUCGUUUGAAGUGUACCUCUGGAAAAAUCUCAGUUUGAAGGGCUAACAAGCCCUAAUCCCUUUCCCCUACCCCUUUAGUAUAACGAGAAUCGGGACCCCUACCCCUUGGCGUGCAUGCGCAAAACAGAGGGGUAUGGUUAAGGGGUAGGAACAAGAGGUGAAGUGGAAUUGGGCCUUAAUCGGCAGAAAGACAGCCUGCAUGUAAUUGAUCUAUUACUUCAGCCAACUGCAGUGUAGCCACGCCCACUGUCACUGAAAUUUUAAGGAGUGUUUUAAGCAUGGGCUGCUUUUUGUAAAUUUCUAAUUACAAACCAGUGUAACCAAUCAGAAAAUGGUUGUCUAUAAAAACAUUAUUAAUUGAAUUUUAGAAAGUGGAAAGCUUCACAAUACAAUAAUAAAACAAAUAACUGUACAUUUAAAUAUGUAGGAUAUUGUAUGUGUAUCGAGGGUGUUGGUUCUUUUAACCCUUUAAAGGAUCACUCCUACCUAAUUUCUGUCCACAGCAUCUGUGGCAAAUGCUCAGUUACUACAGACAGAUUUGCUGCACUUUACUUGUAAUUUGUGAACCCUAUUAUGGACAGUAGAGUCCAAUAUAUUUUAAGCGUCAACAGUGUGAAGUGUGUUCUGAGUCAGCAGGUUUCCUGUUCCUGUACUGAGCGUAACCGUGCCCAGAAAUGAUUGGCUGUGUUGAUGCACCAUACGUUAGAACUGUGAAAGAUGAUGACCAUUAGAGUAUUAGACCAGACUACACCGAUUGGAGAAUAUAACUCUAUAAGCCUCAAGGCUCAGUCAGGUCCCUUUCCAGCCCUGCCUCCACUCUUUCAUUUCCCUUCAUUACUCACACACUCUGCUCCCAUGCCUGUCAGAGCCGUUAGCUUUCAGCAGAUCUUCAGUGAAGUUCAUCGUAUCAAACUGUGGGUAGAGCUUCCCUUUCAAAUAGCUGUGGUUUCAGUGUUUAGAGGAUGUGGUCUUUGUGUCUGAAGUAUUUAUUCUUAUUGUCUGAGAGACUUUAGUCCACGGAAGAUCUCAGGAGAAGCUUUGAGCCUUUCUGUUGAUUAAUUUUUUCAUAGCUUUAUUUAUUUUCAGCUGUGAGCAGAUGUAGCAGGAAGAAGCAGCUGCUUCAGAUGCGUUAGCUGUUGCUCGUGGGGAGGAAAGAAUAGCAAAUGGCCUUAGUUUCUAGAAGAACUGAGAAUGGAACCCAGAACGCUGCCUGAUUGAGUGUUGUAGCACAACAGUCAUCAUUAUGCAAAAUUUCACUUGAAAUAUUCUGCCCAUCACAGAAACAACUGCCAUUUAUGAUGGUCUUGGAUUGGAGAGAAUGGGUUUUGGAAUAUUUAGCCAGUAUAGGUUGAUCUGUUUGUUGCCAAAAAUGUCUUUAAUGAAUACAAAAAAAAAACAAUCACACUCUUUUUUUUGAGGAAACAUCUCAUUGUCACUGUGUGUAUAUGAAGAUAUUACAGAGCUGUGUGUGUAUAGUUUUUGUAUAUGUGUGUAAUAGUGUGCUGUCAGUUCAGAUGAAGCUAUUUAUGAAAUGAUUAAAGAAUCUAAACUUGGAGAAGCUUAUGAGAAUGUUUUUAUGAAAGUGUUUUUGAGAUAAUGAGCGCACACGGAUGUCCUUACUCUGGCAUCAAACCCAUAGAGUAUCUCGGAGUAAUGGUAACUUUUUCCUUACUUAAGAUCGGUGAGCAUGGCUCGAAUAUUUGACCUAGAGAUGACAAAUGUAAAUGUCCAGAAUUUUUGUACCUGUCUAAAGACUUUACCUAGUGGAUGUACCUGAAAUCAAACUAAUAUUUUGUGGUACUUGGAUAAUGUUUAUCGGCUUUACAUUUGGUUUUCAGUCACACAGUUUUAUUGAAUGGUUAACCUAUUGUCAUGUUGCUGUUAAACCUGUUAUUUACACAGUGGAAACAUCCAGAACUUCAUUCCCUGUAAAUCCUCUGCACUAAAAUGGCUAAUAUGGGAUCUAUGUGUCCUUUAGAAAAACAUUGUGAUCAUUGUGAUGAUAAUGAUCAUUUUGCUGGAAAAAUCCAGGGUGAAACUAAACCUUUAAACUAAAUUGAUCCAGCAUGUAUUACCAGUGGCCUAAAACCUUAAAUCUCCCUUUUUGACAUUGUAAAUCAGCUGGCUUUUUUACAUUGUAUGCCAAUUUCAUGAUGCAUGAGCCAGUCAAAUGAUCCAAUAUGACUUCCAUUUAAAGUAAAAAAAAGGGAGUGUUUUGGAGAUACAGGGUUUUUGCAUGACAGUAAUGAUAUACAGGUAGAGCUGGGCAGUUAGUCAAAAUCAAAACUGUCAUCCAGAUUGUAAUAUUUUUAAGAUCAAAUAAUGUUUUUCUAGAUUUUGAAUGUCAAAGUCAAAAUUUUAAAUUUGUGUUGCGGGUCGCUCGCUUGUUGUAAUAACAGAAAAAUCUAAUAAAGAUUUUGAAAUUAAGGCUAUGUUCACACAGCAGGUGAAAGUUGCACAAAUCUCAAAUCACAAUUUUCUCAUGUCUGUUUUAGGGUUUUAUCAUUCAUUUAUCAUUCAUCUCCAUUUUCCCUUUGCACAGCCUUUCUUUAAUGUAAAAACAGUAUGAAUUCUGCUUUGGCUGUUCAGACAGUGUUAAAUUGCUUGAUAUGUAAUAAAUUUCUAUAGCAUAUAUUUAAGUGGCCCAGAUCAGAAUUGAAAAUGUCAAACUCCUACACAAACAACACAUACACUAUAUUGCCGAAAACAUUUGCUCACCCAUCUACAUCAUUAAACUCAGGUUCCAAUCACUUCCAAGGCCAAAGGUGCAUAAAAGCAGACACCAAGGUAUGCAGACUGCUUCUACAAACAUUAGUGAAAGAAUAGGUCGCUCUCAGGAGCUCAGUGAACUCCAGCACUGUGGUACUGUGAUAGGAUGCAGCACCUGUACAACAAGUCCAGUCGUGACAUUUCCUCACUACUAAAUAUUCCACAGCCAACUGUCAGUGAUAUUAUAACACAGUGGAAAAGACUGGGAACAACAACUAACCCGGUCAGUGAAAAAUAACUGAGCGGGGUCAGCGGAUGCUGUGGAACCAACUUUCUGCAGUCACUACAGAUCUCCAAACUUUAUGUACCUUCAGAUUAGCUCAAGAACAGUACAGCAUAGAUCACUAAACGCAAUGCAGACGAGCGGAUAUUUUUGGCAACAUUGUUGAUCAUGUAAAAUAUCAGAUUGGACCACAUUUACUUGCUGUGUGAACAUAGCUUAAGAAGUAUCCUAAACACAGAUCUGCCAAAAUCGAAAUUAUAAUUGAGCAGCAGCUUGUUUUUGAGGAAAUGUUGGUUGUUUCUAAUCUUUCAAUCCUUAUAAGUAUACCUCAUAGGUACUGGCUCACAGUUUAUCUGACCACUAAAUCAGGCCUGUUCUAAUUGGGUUAAUGUUUCUCUUUUUGUAUUUUCACCCUCUCCAAGAAAGUUUCCUUUUUAAUGUUGAAAAGCAGAGUAUGAAAGGAAGGUUGGUUGCAAGGUGCCUGCCUGUUUUCCCUUUAGGUUUUGUGAUGAGGAACAGCUCAAUAAAGAAAUCCUGCAGCUUUAAAUCAGAGCUGUUUUAUGUAGUGUAUGAAACCAAACAAUCCUGCAGUGUGCCCCUGAACACUGCCUUAGUUUUCCACAUGUUUAGCAUGGAUGGAAUGGUACAUGUGGUUAAAAAUCAACAUAAUAUCCUAAGAAAAAAAUAUGUAAAAAGAGAAAAAUGUAAAAGUUUUUAGUAUUUUUAUAUGUACAUGUACAGAUGUAACCAAAACAAGGCAAUAUUUCUCUGUACUGUUAUUGUAUCAAACCGUCUGUGACUGAAGUGUGUGGAAAUUCCACCAAUUUCUUCCAUUUUCUGCUUCAUUAAAUGAAUAAGAUAUGUGAAUUAA